AAUCCCUGAGAAGGGGAUCCUGUGCUGUGAAUCUGUGUCAUUGUGUACCUGCAGGGGUCAGAGCUGCCACUUGAGCCCGUACCUGAACAACAUCCCCCUGCUGUCACCUGUGUCGUCCGGGACCACACCCAGUCCUACGCUCACUCCACCAGCAAGCCUGAGGAGAGACGCUCAUCAGAUUUCUGAGAUCAGAUUCUUUCUGCUGCGUGGAUAUACUCACUGUACUGAUAUAAUUACAGUCCUCUUUGCACUCACGUCGGCUCCCCUGGAAACACCUGAGCCAGAGGAACAGAAAACUCCUGUACCUUUUUAUUUUUAAUUUGUUUUAAAGUGCUUUGUGGCCUCUUUUUUUUUUUAGGUCAGUUUUACCUUCCGAAACCUGGGACUGUUAAACAGGUUUAAACCUGCUCCUCUCUGGAUAUAAAUAAUAUUAGCACACGAAAGGAUUAAAAUGGGCUGCUUCACAUUCGUCAAAUUGAUGAUGGUCUUGUUCAACUUGCUUAUCUUUCUGGGUGGGCUGACCCUGCUGGCCAUGGGGAUCUGGGUGAGUGUAGAUGGGGGCUCCUUCCUCCAGCUGCUGGGGCCAUUCUCCGGUCAAGGCAUGCAGUUUGUCAACGUGGGAUUUUUCUGCAUUGCAAUCGGGGCCGUGCUGGUGCUGCUGGGGCUCCUGGGCUGCUGUGGAGCCCACAAGGAGAGCAAGUGUCUGCUGCUCACGUUCUUCUCCAUCAUCCUCAUCAUAUUCAUUGCUGAAGUGGCAGCUGGAGUCGUGGCUCUGGCCUACUCUUCAUUUGCUGAGGGGAUCCUCAGAGCGUGGGCGACCCCUGCUUUACAGAAAGAUUACGGCAGUGAUCCUGUGGUCACUAAGAUCUGGAACACCACCAUGACAGAGCUGAAGUGCUGCGGUUUCACCAACUACACAGACUUUGUGGACUCUAAGUUUGUACAGGAGAACGGAGGCAGCCUGCCGCCCACCUGCUGCUGGAACUACAGUGCCCCCUGCAGCCCGGACGAGGCCGAACGCAGCACUGUGCCGGGCUGUUUUAAAAAUAUCCUGGAGACCCUCAAAGAGCACGCCAACAUCGUGGGAGGCAUCGCAGCAGGAAUAGGAGUCUUAGAGAUUGCUGCCAUGAUAGUGUCCAUGUACUUGUACUGCCACCUGGACAACAGAAUCAGCUGAGACACCUUGAGGAGAAAAAAAUGAUGGGAAUGAAACAGACAGAUCACAUAUGGGCUUGUUUUUUAAUCUGCAUUAUUUAACAAUCUGUCUCUUAGGAUAUUUCUUUUUCUUCUGGUUCCCUAUUUUUCAGAAAGAUGUCUAGCUUUACUAUUAAGUCAUGUUUAUGGUGAAAUGAAUCCAGCAAUUGUAUUUUAUAUAAAGAGAAAAGAUUUCUAAGCACACGCACAUACAGAGUGUAAAUAUUUCACAUUUGCCAAUAAAAUAUAUGAAAUAGCAUUGA